UAGGACAAAAACAAAAAACAAAAUAAACAAAGCGAGGCAAAGAAAGAUCAAAGAAGCAAGGAACCCCGUCGGCAUCAUCCCAUCCCGUAACAGAGAGAGCCGGUCGAUAGUAUUGUCUGCUCUCCUUCCUUUACAAACCAAAUCUUAUUUAUAUUCAUCCAUUUGUUUAAUUUCUUAAAUUAUAUCUCCUUCCCUCCUCCUCCUCCUCCUCCUCCUGGCCGGGCCGAGUUGUUCCGUUUUGCUUGUCGGUUACCACGAGCGAAAUAGACAUACCUACAUACAUACACUAACUACACGAAUACGUAUAUACUCGCCCCUGUCCUUCAUUUAACCUAACUGACAUUCAUUUCAAACUGAUCCUUCCUUCUUCUCCUAAUUUUCCUCCUAAUUUUUUAGUUUUGGGAACAGUAGAUCUGAUCUGCUGUUUGGCAAUUCUAUUCAUCUUGCGCUGCAUGUGUUUGAAUCUUUGUUGUGCUCUAGUGUCUCAAUAACGAAUCUGGAUCUUGUCCUUUUCACUCUGCAAUUCCGGUUAUAGAGAGGCAUAAUAUCGACGGAGAGUACUAAAUGGAAGACGAGAAGAAAAAGACGGUGGUCUCGGAUGUAGGUGCAUGGGCCAUGAAUGUCGUGAGCUCCGUCGGAAUCAUUAUGGCCAAUAAGCAGCUCAUGUCGGCGAAUGGUUAUGCGUUUACUUUCGCCACGACAUUGACGGGGUUCCACUUUGCCGUAACUGCCCUAGUUGGUCUGGUCUCAAACGCGACUGGGUUGUCGGCAUCAAAGCAUGUGCCAAUGUGGGAGCUUCUCUGGUUCUCCAUUGUUGCUAAUAUGUCUAUCACUGGGAUGAACUUGAGCCUGAUGCUAAAUUCUGUUGGAUUCUAUCAGAUUUCAAAACUCAGCAUGAUUCCCGUGGUUUGUGUGAUGGAAUGGAUUCUCCACAACAAACACUACUCGAGAGAAGUGAAAAUGGCAGUUAUUGUUGUUGUUAUUGGUGUUGGAGUGUGCACUGUGACCGACGUCAAAGUUAAUGCCAAAGGUUUCAUAUGUGCUUGUGUAGCAGUUCUUUCGACUUCAUUGCAACAAAUUUCUAUAGGUUCCUUACAGAAGAAAUACUCAAUUGGAUCUUUUGAAUUGCUGAGCAAGACCGCUCCAAUUCAAGCACUCUCUCUACUCGUUCUUGGUCCUUUUGUUGACUACUACCUUAGUGGCAAAUUUAUAACAACUUAUAAGAUGUCUUCUGGCGCAAUUUUGUUUAUACUUCUUUCAUGUUGCCUGGCUGUUUUCUGCAAUAUGAGCCAAUAUCUCUGCAUUGGACGAUUCUCAGCAGUAUCCUUCCAGGUUUUAGGUCACAUGAAAACUGUGUGUGUUCUCACGUUGGGGUGGCUGCUGUUUGAUUCUGAGCUGACGUUCAAGAACAUAAUGGGAAUGACUAUUGCUGUUGUCGGCAUGGUAAUUUACAGUUGGGCUGUGGAGGUUGGAAAGAACUCGAGCACCAAGAACUUACCUCCCAUGAAGCAUAGUUUGACUGAAGAGGAAAUUAAACUUCUGAAAGCAGGAGUAGAAGACAUUUCUGUGAAGGACGUCGAGCUUGGUCAGUCCAAAGGAUAGAUAUACGUAUUUUUGGCAGUAAAACAGGUAUUUUCAAUUGUUUCCUUUCCUCCUCAUCUUAGCUGCUGUAUCUUUUAUCUAUUUAUGUGGAUGCAUGUUGCUCAUUAUCUGCUGGCCUCCUCACGUAUUUAUUUUAGAAAUUAUGUUCUAUGUUAUCAGAAUUUUUUCUGUUGUGUAUCUGGAAGAGUUUGUAAUGAAAUUGUGAUGGGAAAUGAUAUAGUAACAUUCAUAUUUUAGUUGGAAGAUCUUAACACGCAUUAUUGGAUCUGUCACCA